CCUGGGUGCCAUGGCAACGGAGACAGAAGGCAGUCUGGCUUCCGGAAGCCGGAGAGCUACAGCCUGGAAGCUCCCCGGGUCAAAGGAUGCUGAGUCCCGAGCGCCUAGCCCAACCCGACUACGAGUAUCUGGUUUUAACAGUGUGUGCCAGGGAACUCACAUCCUCUUUCGGGAAUUCAGCUUCAUCCAAGCCACCCCCCACAACAGGGCAUCAUUUUUACGGGCCUUCUGGAGAUGCUUCCGAACCGUAGGCAAAAAUGGUGACCUGCUGACCAUGCGGGAGUACCACUGCCUGCUGCAACUGCUAUGCCCGGACUUCCCGCUGGAGCUCACCCAGAAAGCAGCCAGGAUUGUGCUCAUGGACGAUGCCAUGGACUGCUUGAUGUCUUUUUCAGAUUUCCUUUUCGCCUUCCAGAUCCAGUUUUACUACUCAGAAUUCCUGGACAGUGUGGCUGCCAUCUACCAGGACCUGCUGUCGGGCAAGAAUCCCAACACAGUGAUCGUGCCAACGUCGUCCAGCGGGCAGCACCACCCGCGACCUGCCUUGGGCGAGGCUGGCGUGCCCGAGGGAGUGGAGGCGUCGCUGUUCUACCAGUGCCUGGAAAACCUGUGUGACCGGCACAAGUACAGCUGCCCGCCGCCGGCGCUGGUCAAGGAGAUCCUGAGCAGUGUGCAGAGGCUGAGCUUCUAUGGCUUCCUCAUGGCCCUCUCCAAGCACCGCGGCAUCAACCAGGCCCUGGGUAAGCAGCCCUGGCUUCCCGCAGAGGGGACACCCCCGCCCGAAAGGAAGCCGUGUCCCUGUGGCAGAGAUGUGCCCACCCUUCCCCCAGAACCCCAGUUCCGCUCUGAGGAGCAGCUGGCAAUGCCAUGGCAAAGAGAACAAAUUCCACUUAGAAACAAGGUGAAGGUGUGUCUGAGAAGGUCUUCCUUUCCCAGCCUGGGGGAUUAAUUUGAAAAAGAGCAAAAAGAAAUGGCGCGGUGCUGACCCUGUGCCUGCUGCUUCCCUCCAUCUACCUUGCUGCCCCCUGAGACUCAGACACAGCAUCCCCUCCUGCAAGGGAGGCAGCAGGGUCCCGGAAAGCUGGGGGUGGGGGACACAAGCACACUGCCACCUCGCAGCCUGGUUAUUUGGAGGUCAGUGGCCAGGAGAGAGCCGUCAGAGCUGAGGGCGGCUGCUGGGUGUUCUUUCCAUCCUUGGCCACUGACUCCCUACCAUCCAGCAAGGACAGCUGCUAGAAAAGGACCGGGAAAGCCAAGUGGCAUCUCACCCACCACCAACCUGCUCUGAGCUCGGGAGCCCGCAGGAGCAGGCAAGGGCCGGUGUCUGCCCUGGCCUGCACCUCUGGGUACCAACAGCAGAAAUACCCGGCUUGCGGCCAGCCGUGGAACAAACAGGUCCUCGAGGCACCUCCCAAAAUUAGAGGGUCCCGUGGAACAGACUUUGAAAACCACUAGCUCAGAGCCAAAGGGGUCAGGAGGGAGCAUUUGAAAGACCUGGGAAGUGGGAAACUGCACCGGCGUCCACGGCCAGCGCUGGGGCCAGGGCGCCACCUCGUGGCGAGCACCUUCCCACCCGCACACCUAGCUUCCCUCCCGAGGUCGAGCUAAGGAAAGCACCCUAGAGACUGGGGUAGCGGAUCUCACGGGAGGGGGACAGCCACCCUCCUGGGCCAGGACAGCAUUUUUCGCCGUGUCCAAAGGGAGGUCAUCCUGACGAGGGACAUAACUGAUUUCCGACUUUGGGGUUGGCCUGGGCCCAGUGCUAAGCCUCAAGCAGGAACUACACGCUCGCAGCACCCCGCCUCUUGGCGGGGACACCCGGUCAGGCGGCCUCUUGUUCCCUACCUACACCGACCAGGACGCCCUGCCCCGCGCUGAUGGGGAGGGCGGCCGCGAACGUGAGGGCCCAGACCUCUGCCUGGCGGGGGACCUCGGGUCAGGGUUUGCGCCCCACCCCGCUGUUUCCUAGGAGCGCUGCCUGACAAAGGGGACCUGAUGCAGGACCCAGCCAUGGACGAGGAGCUGGAGCGGCUGUAAGUGUCCG